AUGUAUUCCAUAAAGGCUGCGUGAAACUAUUCAAAAGUCGUAUUACAAUUAACGUUGUGGAUGAAAAUAUAAAUGAUUAGCGUGGUAAUGUGGGAACUACCAGUGAACAAGCAAAGAAUGAAGGUGGAAGAAAACGAGCAGAUGUUUUGUGUUGGCAGUUGCUCGCAGUAUAACAGCCACAGUAAACCGCGUCUGUAUUUCAGCUGCAUCGGAGCGUUCUUUCUAUUUACGAGAAGGUGACAGAAUGGAAUCCUGAUUGCCACAGCGUGUACGAAGAUACCACGGGACAAACGAAAUCUCUCAUCGAUCGGUAGAUCAUCGAAUUCUACGCGAAAGACCGAAAUUCCGCAAAGUUAAAACAGAAAUCGUCAGCAAAAAUGACCUCGAUAAAUAAAAAAACACUCGGCCAGAAAGGAAAGGGGGUGUGUAAAUUCCCGAUAAAACAACGAUCCGUGACAAAUAUGGCCACCCAAAAAGAAACGACAGAGGAGAAAAAAGUAAAUUGCAAAGGUCACGCGGAGUCUGUAUAUAAUAAACGUUUCGACGAUACGGAUUACGACGAUCCAAUUACGAUGUUGCGCAAAGAAAUACAAGAUUGGAGAAUCAACGAAAUAUUAACGGCUAGAACCGAAGAAAGACUUAGUGGAACGCCAAGCGAACCGCGUACUUACAGUUAUGUCGCCUCCGGGGAAACAACCAAGAGACAACAAAGUCCCAAUGAUCCCCUUAAGUCGUGCAGAACGUUCGUUAACUUUCUAGCUGAAACGUCAUUGGCAAUGAGACGUUACCCCCACCACAACGUGUAGCUACCCCACUAAUCCAUGUCGUAUAUCUUCGCGCAAAGUUGCAAGCAUACGCUCUGUGUUCCUCAAGCUGAGAGGUGAGCAGGCAUGGCGUAAGAGUAGGAUCAUUAUAGUGUGUAUAGUAUGUAGUGUGGUGCUUACUCUUUAAAUUUAUGCGUUACUUGCUAAAAUAAUUAAUUCUUUGAACAAAAAGAUACAUUGGCAUAACAUCAAUCGAAAUAAUGUAUAUUUUUGAUAAAUUUCUCACAAAGUUAUACAAUUUAUAAAUUCGUUAUAAAUUCAUAAAUUCUUGAUUAUAACGAUAGAAUAAUUACAGUUGUUUACGUGAGAAUUAGAGGUUAAAAUAUUUUGAUUAUCAAAUAAUUAGAAACUUUUUCCUGCAAGUAAGAAUUAUAAAAAUCGUACUGUGUUUCUGAUAAUACACUCAAUAGAAGUGUUUGGAAGCGUAGUAAAACGAAAGGUAGAAGGGUCUGCCAUGGGUAAUAAUUCAACUAUCGAGCGAGUCAAUUUUUUCUUCGGCACGAGGGUACAUUUAUUAUAAUUACAUCAACCCCUCCGUAUCCGCACUUCGAUGGAUAUUAUUUAUUUUAUUGUAAUGUAUAUCAGUUUGUUUCGUUAUUGUUUCAUUACAUUGCUCGAUAAUAUAAAUUAUUUAAAACUGGUGUGCAUUGAAAAUGGUCAGGUGGUUACGACAGGGUUGAAGCUUUAAUUUCCAUAACUUUAAAUCGAGUGGAACGACGUGUUCCUCGAACUGGAAUUACCUCUUGAAAUUGAUAAAUCACUUUUUCAAUGUGAAACGCGCGAAAUCCAUUGCGUUGCUAUACAUCCAUACAUACAUGUUUUAAUACGCAUUUAUGGAGGUGCAAAUACGUAUAUAUUUAUAUUCCCUGCGCUCGUUUAAGCGCAACCUAUCGGCUAAGUGUCUUUUUAUUAUACUGCAACAAUGAUUUUAAUUACGUGACUGAAGUAAGUGGAGAGUAUAUUUAUGGAAUGAAAUUUUCCGGUAAUAAUGGGCUAGUGAGCAAUUCGCGACAACGUUCAGACGCACACGCGUAUACGCACACACGUGCAUGCUUUUCUUUGCAUACGACAAAACGUGACGAAGUCGAUUGCCAUGCGUCGAACAAUCAUG